AUCCUGACGGGGGAGGACUGGAACGCGGUGAUGUACGACGGGAUCAUGGCCUACGGUGGCCCCGUCUUCCCCGGGAUGCUCGUCUGCGUCUACUUCGUCAUCCUCUUCAUCUGCGGGAACUACAUCCUCCUCAACGUCUUCUUGGCCAUCGCCGUCGACAACUUGGCCGACGGUGACAACAUCAACUCGGGGGCUGAGAAAAAGGAGAAGGCCGGGGAGGUGGAAGCCGGCACGGGGAGCCAGGACGUGAGCGUGAAAGUUGAAGGGGAGCAGCCGGAGGAGGAGGAAGAGGAGGAGGGGAGCGAGGAAGGGGACGAGGAGGCCGGGGGGGAGCGGGACAGUCUGGGGGGGGCCCGGCUGGAGGCCCUGGAGGAGCCCCCCAAACCCAAGGUGGUGCCGAUCCCCGAGGGCAGCGCCUUCUUCCUGCUGGGCAGCACCAACCCCACUGGCGCAGGCUGCGGGGUGCGGUGCCACGCCCUCAUCCACCACCACAUCUUCACCAACCUCAUCCUCGUCUUCAUCAUCCUCAGCAGCGUCUCGCUGGCCGCCGAGGACCCCGUCCGCGCCCACUCGCCCCGCAACCAUAUCCUGGGCUACUUCGACUACGCCUUCACCUCCAUCUUCACCGUGGAGAUCCUGCUCAAGAUGACGGCGUUCGGCGCCUUCCUGCACAAAGGCUCCUUCUGCCGCAACUGGUUCAACCUCCUCGACCUGCUGGUGGUCGGCGUCUCCCUCAUCUCCUUCGGCAUCCACUCCAGCGCCAUCUCGGUGGUGAAGAUCCUGCGGGUGCUGCGCGUCCUGCGGCCGCUGCGAGCCAUCAACCGCGCCAAGGGCCUCAAGCACGUGGUGCAGUGCGUCUUCGUGGCCAUCCGCACCAUCGGCAACAUCAUGAUCGUCACCACGCUGCUGCAGUUCAUGUUCGCUUGCAUCGGGGUCCAGCUCUUCAAGGGCAAGUUCUACAGCUGCACCGACGAGGCCAAGCACACGCCGGGGGAGUGCAAGGGCACCUUCCUGGUGUACAAGGACGGGGACGUGUCCCACCCCUCGGUGCGCGAGCGCCUGUGGCACAACAGCGACUUCAACUUCGACAACGUGCUGGCGGGGAUGAUGGCGCUCUUCACCGUCUCCACCUUCGAGGGCUGGCCCGCGCUGCUGUACAAGGCCAUCGACGCCAACGCCGAGGAUCAGGGCCCCAUCUACAACUACCGGGUGGAGAUCUCCAUCUUCUUCAUCGUCUACAUCAUCGUCAUCGCCUUCUUCAUGAUGAACAUCUUCGUCGGCUUCGUCAUCAUCACCUUCCGGGCGCAGGGGGAGAGCGAGUACCGCAACUGCGAGCUGGACAAGAACCAGCGGCAGUGCGUGGAGUACGCGCUGAAGGCGCAGCCGCUGCGGCGUUACAUCCCCAAGAACCGCACCCAGUACCGCGUCUGGGCCAUGGUCAACUCCACCGCCUUCGAGUACAUCAUGUUCGUCCUCAUCCUCCUCAACACCAUCGCCCUGGCCGUGCAGCACUACGAGCAGUCCAAGCCCUUCAACUACGUGAUGGACCUGCUCAACAUGGUGUUCACGGGGCUCUUCACGGUGGAGAUGGUGCUCAAGAUCAUCGCCUUCAAACCGCGGCACUACUUCUGCGACGCCUGGAACACCUUUGACGCGCUCAUCGUGGUGGGCAGCGUGGUGGACAUCGCUGUCACCGAGGUCAACAGCUCGGAGGACAGUUCCCGCAUCUCCAUCACCUUUUUCCGCCUCUUCCGCGUGAUGCGGCUGGUGAAGCUGCUCUCUAAGGGCGAGGGCAUCCGCACCCUGCUCUGGACCUUCGUCAAGUCCUUCCAGGCCCUGCCCUACGUCGCCCUCCUCAUCGCCAUGAUCUUCUUCAUCUAUGCCGUCAUCGGCAUGCAGACCUUUGGGAAGGUGGCGCUGCAGGACGGGACCCAGAUCAACCGCAACAACAACUUCCAGACCUUCCCCCAGGCCGUGCUGCUGCUUUUCAGGUGCGCCACGGGGGAGGCCUGGCAGGAGAUCAUGCUGGCCAGCCUGCCGGGGAAACGCUGCGACCCGGAGUCGGACGCGGAGCCGGGCGAGGAGUUCACCUGCGGCAGCAACUUUGCCAUCGUCUACUUCAUCAGCUUCUUCAUGCUCUGCGCCUUCCUGAUCAUCAACCUCUUUGUGGCCGUCAUCAUGGACAACUUCGACUACCUGACGCGCGACUGGUCCAUCCUGGGCCCCCACCACCUGGACGAGUUCAAGCGCGUCUGGUCCGAGUAUGACCCCGCCGCCAGGGGCCGCAUCAAGCACCUGGACGUGGUGACGCUGCUGCGGCGCAUCCAGCCCCCGCUGGGCUUCGGGAAGCUCUGUCCCCACCGCGUGGCCUGUAAGCGCCUCGUGGCCAUGAACAUGCCACUCAACUCAGACGGGACCGUCACCUUCAACGCCACCCUCUUCGCCCUGGUCCGCACCUCCCUCAAGAUCAAGACAGAAGGGAACUUGGAUGUGGCCAACAAGGAGCUUCGCGCCGUGAUCAAGAAGAUCUGGAAGAGGACGAAGCCCAAGCUGCUGGACGAGGUCAUCCCCCCGCCCGAGGAGGAAGAGGUCACCGUGGGCAAGUUCUAUGCCACCUUCCUCAUCCAGGAUUAUUUCCGCAAGUUCCGGCGGCGGAAGGAGCGGGGGAUGCUGGGCCCCAACGCUGGUCCCAGCAACGAGUGUGCGCUCCAGGCUGGGCUGCAGACGCUGCAGGCGCUGGGCCCGGAGAUGCGGCGGGCGCUGAGCUGCGACCUGGAGGGUGAGGAGGGCCCCGACCCCCCCCAGGAGGAGGAACAUCUCACCUAUGCGCCCCCCGAGACCCUCUAUGGCUCCGCCCCCAGCCCCCCGCCGCCCACCAGCCCCGUCGCCACCGAGGGGGAGGACCCCACGCCCCCUCCCCACGUCGUCACCCACCGCCUGGGCAGCAGGCGGCGCUCGGAGGAAGGGGGACAGGAGGAGCCACCCGCCCCCGAGGACGGGGAGGAGCCAGGGGACGGCAGCCACGAAGAGGAGCUGGAGGGCCCAGCCCCCCGCCGCCGCUGGAGUGGGGACAGGCUGGGGACCCUGCCUGCCCCCCAGCCCCCACGCUGGGCGGGAGAGGGGCCGCGGGGGGGGUCGCUGCCCCUGCCCCCCCGCCACUUCGCCCUCCACAACGGCGCCCUGGAAGGGCAGCAGCUCAAGAGGCGCCGGCUCCUGCCCCCGACCCCCGCCGGCCGGAAGCCCUCCUUCACCAUCCAGUGCCUGCGGCGCCAGGGCAGCUGCGAGGACGAGCCCAUCCCGGGCACCUACACCCCCUCGGGCCCCGCCCGGCCCCAGGUACCGCCACGGCGGGGACAGCGGGUGGGGACACGCGUCUCACCCUCCACACGCACUCGCAGUGACACCCAGCGCUCCCCGCAGGGCUACAGCAGCUCCGACACCUGGCGCCUGGGGGGCUCCACGCAGGCUUGGGCCACCGCCCCCCCGCCCCGCAGCCACGUCCUCUACGCGCCCCUCAUCCUGGUGGAAGGGGGCCCUCCGCCGGCGGCGGGGGGGGGCGGCGGGAGCCUCCCCCCGCUCUCCCGCUGGUUCCUGGGGGACCGCGGCGCCCCCGGCCCCCUCCGCCUGCGGCCCUGCGCCCCCGGGGAGGCGCUGGCCCGCGGCUCGGCCGACAGCCUGGUGGAAGCCGUGCUGAUCUCGGAGGGGCUGGGGCUGUUCGCCCGCGACCCCAAGUUCGUGGCGGUGGCCAAGCGGGAGAUCGCCGACGCGUGCGACAUGACGAUGGACGAGAUGGAGAGCGCGGCCGCCGACCUGCUGACCCGCCGCCGGCACCACCCGCCCCCGGCCCCGGCCCCGGCCUCCGCCGCCGUCUACAGCGACGAGGAACCGCUGCGGCCGCCGGCCGAGGAGGAGCUGGCGGACGAGAUGGCCUGUGUGGGCGGGGUGUAAGGGGGGAGCGGGGGGGCGCCGCCAAGCAGGGGCGG